CUAGUAGUAGAAUGCUAGAUGCCGGCCGCUUCAUCUUCCUCCUUAAGAAAGCUAGCUGGGGCUGCUUUGUAUCGCUCUUCCCAGCCUUCCCCCCCUCCCUGUCUCAUGUACACUGAUACCUACUGAUCUACAGCCAAAGCACCUUUGCUGAAGAUCGAUCUCACAAUUGCAAACCACAACCACCUCGAUCAGAGCUCCCAGCAAGCUAGAUCCCAUUUCUUCCUAUAUAGGAGUAUCUUUUGAUCACCAAGUCCUGUGUCCUGUUACAAGAACAAACAGCACUCUUUAUCCAGCAGCAGCUCACUCACCAAUCACCUGCUAUCCUAGCAAGUUCGACAGAGCUGCAUCCACAUAUAAUAUUGAGCUAAUCUAACCCUAAAUAGUUUGUGGGAUAUAGUACUGUUACAUACCACCAGAUCCCUCCCUCCCUGAAGUAGCAUACAAGUCAAAAGUCAACAGCUAUAGCAGCAGCAGCCGGAGAGCUCUCGCUCGAGACGCGUGAGCGGCGGGGAGAGCCCCAUGGAGUUCACGCCCGCGCAUGCCCGUGUCGUCGAGGAUUCCGAGAGGCCUCGCGGCGGCGUGGCGUGGGUGGAGAAGGAGCACAUGUUCGAGAAGGUGGUCACCCCGAGCGACGUGGGGAAGCUCAACCGCCUCGUCAUCCCAAAGCAGCACGCGGAGCGCUACUUCCCCGCGCUCGACGCAUCUGCGGCCGCCGCGGCAGCGGCCGCGGGCGGCGGGAAGGGGCUGGUGCUCAGCUUCGAGGACCGGGCGGGGAAGGCGUGGCGCUUCCGCUACUCGUACUGGAACAGCAGCCAGAGCUACGUGAUGACCAAGGGAUGGAGCCGGUUCGUGAAGGAGAAGCGCCUCGGCGCCGGGGACACGGUCUUGUUCGCGCGCGGCGCGGGCGGCGAGGGCGCCCCGCGCGGCCGCUUCUUCAUCGAUUUCCGCCGCCGCCGACAGGACCUCGCGUUCCUGCAGCCGCCGCUGGCGUCUGCGCAGCGCCUCCUGCCGCUCCCGUCGGUGCCCAUCUGCCCGUGGCAGGACUACGGCGCCUCCACUCCGGCGCCCAGCCGGCACGUGCUGUUCCUGCGCCCGCAGGUGCCGGCCGCCGUUGUUCUUACAUCGAUGCCCGUGCACGUUGCUGCAUCCGCGGUGGAGGCGACGAGGUCGAAGCGCGUCCGCCUGUUCGGGGUGAACCUCGACUGCCCGCCGGACGCUGCCGAAGACGGCGCCACAGUCACCCGGCGGACGGCGUCGACGCUUCUGCAAUUGCCCUCGCCAUCGUCGUCAACAUCCUCCUCGACGGCAGGGAAGGAUGCUUGCUCUUUGGAUCUUGGACUGUGAAGACAAUCAACAGCUAGCAAAAAAGGAGAAAUUGGGCCGAGGAACUGAAGAGGCACUGACACGCGCGCGAACUGAUCAAGUGGUUGGAACAGCUCUGGUAUAUAGCUCCAGUACUGCAUCUGCAUGUGUAAUUGUUGAUGGAUUGAUAUUUCUUGAUGAUAUCUUGCUCAUAUUAGUUCACUUGUGCUUUCCUUAUUAACUAAUGUGUGUUUCUUCCCUUUUCUUGAGAAUAUGAUAUAUCUUGCUCAUUGUAAUUGUACAUAUUCUGAAUCUCCUGACCAAGUUCAGUAAUUUAAGAACUGCACUGUCCACUCUGCAUACGA